UGCUGCUUGCUUCUUGCUUGUCUCUGGACAUAACUCUGAUCACCCUGCUGUUAGGCGUGUUCCUGACUGGAACUCCUGGGAAUCUGUUUUGGCCUACGUUUUCCCACCAGACCUGCUCAACAUGUCGGCUGCACCCGGCCUUCUGCGUCAGGAACUGUCCUGCCCGCUGUGCUUGCAGCUGUUCGAUGCGCCAGUGACCGCUGAAUGUGGCCACAGUUUCUGCCGUGCCUGCCUGAUCCGUGUGGCAGGGGAACCUGCCGCCGAUGGCACGGUUGCCUGUCCCUGUUGUCAGGCACUUACGCGGCCACAGGCGCUAAACACUAACCUCCAGUUGGCGCGCCUUGUGGAGGGUUUGGCACAAGUGCCCCAAGGCCAGUGCGAGGAACACCUGGAUCCACUGAGCAUCUACUGCGAGCAGGACCGCACACUUGUGUGUGGAGUGUGUGCUUCGCUCGGUUCACACCGUGGUCACCGUCUUCUGCCUGCCGCCGAAGCCCAUGCGCGCCUCAAGACACAGCUUCCACAACAGAAGAUACAGCUGCAGGAGGCAUGCAUGCGCAAGGAGAAGAGUGUAGCGGUACUGGAACAUCAGUUGGUGGAGGUGGAGGAGACAGUGCGUCAGUUCCGGGGAGCUGUUGGGGAGCAGCUGGGGAAGAUGCGGAUGUUCCUGGCUGCCCUAGAAAGUUCUUUGGACCGUGAAGCAGAAAAGGUUCGGGGUGAGGCUGGGGUUGCCUUGCGGCGGGAGCUGUCAAGCCUGAACUCUUACCUGGAGCAACUGAGGCAGAUGGAGAAGGUGCUGGAGGAGGUGGCUGACAAGCCACAGACAGAAUUCCUUAUGAAAUACUGCCUGGUGACCAGCAGGCUGCAGAAGAUCCUGUCAGAGUCACCACCACCAGCAAGGCUAGAUAUCCAGCUGCCUGUCAUCUCAGAUGACUUCAAAUUCCAGGUGUGGAAGAAGAUGUUCCGGGCUCUGAUGCCAGCGUUGGAGGAACUUACUUUUGAUCCCAGCUCUGCGCACCCGAGCCUAGUGGUGUCUUCCUCUGGUCGCCGAGUGGAGUGCUCAGAGCAGAAGGCGCCGCCAGCGGGAGACGACACACGCCAGUUCGACAAGGCGGUAGCGGUGGUGGCGCAGCAGCUGCUGUCACAAGGCGAGCACUACUGGGAGGUGGAGGUGGGCGACAAGCCGCGCUGGGCCCUGGGAGUGAUGGCAGCUGACGCUUCCCGCCGUGGCCGGCUGCACACGGUGCCCUCACAGGGGCUGUGGCUGCUCGGCCUGCGCGAUGGCAAGAUCCUGGAGGCGCACGUGGAGGCCAAGGAGCCGCGGGCACUGCGCACCCUAGAGAGGCUGCCGGAGCGCAUCGGCCUCUACCUAAGCUUCGCCGACGGCGUCCUGGCUUUCUAUGAUGCGAGCAACCCCGACGCACUAACGCCGCUCUUUUCUUUCCACGAGCGUCUCCCCGGGCCGGUGUACCCCAUCUUUGACGUGUGCUGGCAUGACAAGGGCAAGAAUGCCCAGCCCCUGCUGCUCGUGGGGCCUGACAACGAGCAGGCCUGAGCUCCUGCCGACUGGGAUGGGUGGGGUCAGACUUCUAGGGCUGGGGUGGGAAGGGAGGGGGUGUUUGUCUUACAGAGUUUAAGGAAGUAUAGGUUGGGAUGCACAGGGGACCGACUGAGGGAUAGAGGGAAGAUUAACUCAGGUUAGUGAAGAAAUCUGAGUUUGGGCCAAGAGUUCCAGGAGGAAGCUGAGGACUAGGAAGGCUGGGAGAGGAUAGGAUUUGGAAGGGAUUUAGUGGAGGAUCUUGGGAAGUCUGUGGAACAAUGGUCUUUUCAGUCCUGCAAUCCACUCCUGAAGGCCCCCUCCUCUUCAAGGUUGCAGAUUCCUUAUACCUGGUGGGUUUUCAGUUAGUGCUUCAUUUAACUGCCUUUUUAAAGCCUCCACCAAUCCUGAGAGAGUGCUGGUGCCUGACUAUAAUCCCAGCAUCCAGGAGGCUGAGGCAGGAGGCUGGCAAAUUGGAAGCCAGCAGGACUCUAUCACAAACAACAGUGACUGUUUCUGAUGUAGUAGGUCAGCGGGGUGGAGGUGGGGGGUCAAAGAGGGCUUCUUGAGGCCGUAGUGAUAACUCGGUGCUAAGAGCACUUGUUGUUCUUGCAGAACACUGAGGUUCAGUUCUCAGCAGCAACAUUGUGGUUCAUAACCCUCCAAUCACAGUGAAUCUGAUGGCCCCUUCCAGCCUUUGUGAGCAUUUGUGCUACACUGAUACAUGUUAAAAAAAUAAAAA